AUGGUCAAUCCAUCCCUCAAUUGUAUUUCGGCUGAUUUUCUCAAAGCCAACCUGUUUUACAACAAUGACAAUAUGCAUCCAGCACAAAGGAGUAAGCCAGUCAUGGUAUUUGGCAGGAUGUGGUGCGUUUUCAGGCUUCUGUUUUUGACCUUGAGGAGGUCUUGUCUCUCCCCCACAUGUUCUGAUCAGUGCUGA